UGGAAUGAAAUUACGAAGUAUUUCCGAGCAGGCAUGCCAUUGAGGAAACACAGGCAACAUUUCAAAAGACAUGGAAGCUGUUUUACUGCAUCAGAAGCUGUAGACUGGCUCCAUGAAGUAUUAAGGAAUAACAGUAACUUUGGUCCUGAAGUUACCAGGCAGCAGACUGUUCAGUUGUUAAGGAAGUUUCUCAAGAAUCAUGUAAUUGAAGACAUAAAAGGGAGAUGGGGAUCCGAAAAUUUAGAAGACAAUGGUGCACUAUACAGAUUUCCUUCAACAUCUCCAGUUAAACCUCUCCCAAGCUCACAUCCAGCAAAAGAGAACUUGGAAAACUUCUCUAGGGACAAAGAAAGACUUUUUAAACUGCCGCAUUUAUCAAGGAGAACUUUUAAAAAACACGAGUUACUACAGUCUCUGGAAAAUGUAGAAAAAACAAAGCCUAAUAUAAUAGAAGAAAACAAGGAAGACACACUGCAUAGGAAGGAAGUAAGCCAGGAAUAUGUGCAAGAAACUUGGCGAAAUAUCAUUCUAAUUCAUUUGCAAACCAUUUUAGGCCUUCCGUCUCUGGAAGAAGUUUUGCAGCCAGCCCAGAUAGUUCCUGAGUAUGUCAUAUACAACAUGACUCACACAAGCAAACAUGGUGUUGUUAUUUUGCAGGACAAAUCAGAAGACCUCCCUCACUGGGUGUUGUCAGCUAUGAAAUGCCUCGCGUACUGGCCUAGAAAUAACGACAUGAGCCAAGCAACUUACAGUGGGUUUGAACGGGACGUAUUCAGAACGGUUGCUGACUACUUUCUCAGUCUCCCUGAGCCAUUACUUACUUUUGAAUACUAUGAGCUUUUUGUUAAUAUUUUAGUUAUGUGUGGCUACAUCACAAUUCCAGAUAUAUGCAGUGGAAAACAUUCUGUCCGAGAUGAGAAAUGUGACCCACAACCUUCAAAAAUUCUUCACUUGAACUCUUUCAAGUCAACUGAGUGUCUUCUUCUAAGCCUGCUUCGCAAAGAGCCGGACAAAAAGAAGACAGAAUAUGAAGCUUCCAGGAAGUCUUCUUCAGAAGAGCUAACUAUUCAAAAACAAUGUGCAAAGAAAUUGCAGCAAUAUAAACUGACAUGUAAACAAAGUAGUGCUGAUAAUCUGAUAGGAGGAAGUUGUCAGAAUCUUUCAGGCUUCAGGAAUGAGCAAGAUCCACCUCAAACAUUUAGGGCAAGAUGUUACUCUUUGGAGAGAAUAGGAGGUGCUACUAGAAGUCUGUGUAAUAAAGGAGUAUCUGAUUCCCUCAGGCAAAGGGAUGUGAACACCGUCCUGGGCACGAGAAAUGGAAAACAAUCACUACUGUACGAGCAUAAAGCUAAUUGUGUAUUGGAGUUUGGUUUUAGUAACACGUGUCAGAAGCAAACUCGUGGUAUCCAGAGAGUGUCUGCCCCAACUCUUCAGGAUGAAGAGCUGUUUAAUGAAAAUCAUGGGUCGAAGCAAACAGGCAGGUCUCUGAGUUUACUGGGCAAAAGGAACUCUAAAAGUUGUGCUAGCAUUAAUAUACCAGUUGCUGAAAUCACAGUAAAGCCAAGGCCUCAACUUUGUGGGCAAGGAAGAGCGAGUACCUCUGGAGUGGCUACUUCAGUGGACAUCAAGAGUGGGAUUUCUGCUAUCACCGUCAGUAAGAGACUCUGCAAAAGUACCACAGAACUCUCAAAAUGCUCUUUAACUCACACUUCUUUGCUGACUGGCACGCAAAAUCUCCUUCAACCUCAUCUAGAAAGAAUCGCUGUUGAGGCACUGCAGAUCUGUUGCUUGUUGCUUCCCCCACCGAACCGUAGAAAGAUGCAGCUCCUGAUGCGCAUGAUCUCCCGGAUCAGUGAAAAUGUUGAUAUGCCACGGCUGCACGACGCGAUGGGCACGCGGUCUCUGAUGAUACAGACUUUUUCCCGAUGCGUGCUGUGCUGUGCAGAAGAAGUAGAUCUCGAUGAGCUGCUUUCAACACGAUUAGUUUCGUUUCUGAUGGACCAUCAACAAGAAAUAUUUAAAGUACCAACUUACCUGCAGGUCGCCGUGCGAGAUCACAUAGAGUACGUGAAGAUGGCUCAGUGCAAGUAUCCAAAGGAAGAAAUUUGUGCUAUAUUGCCAACGUAUUCCUACUGCAAACAGAUAACUCCUCAGGAGUUUGAGGAACAAAAGGUUUCUACCUCUCAAGCUGCAGUGGCAGAGCUUUUAGAGAACAUCAUCAAAGACAAAAACUUGUCUGUGAAAGACAAAAAGAAAAAGUUAAAACAGUUUCAGAAGGAAUACCCUCUAAUCUACCAGAACAGGUUUCCAACGACAGAAAACGAAGCGAUGCUGUUUGAGAACAAACCUACCAUCAAACAACCGAUGUUUGGCCUAAGAAACCCAAGAUUUCGUAGCCUAAGAUAUUAA